AAAAAACGGUUUGAGCAAGAAAUGGCUCCCACCCUUCACCUAGUCCGCCACGCCCAAGGCUACCAUAACCUCUCCAAGGAAAACGAAAAGCUCCCCGACCCGGACCUCACCCCCCUGGGCAUCCAACAAUGCGCCGACCUACGCGCCCAGUUCCCCCACCACGACAAGCUCAAGGGGCUGGUCGCCUCGGGCAUGCGCCGCACGCUAUACACUUGCAUCAACGGCUUUGGCACCGACGGGCUAUACCCGGUGAUCGCCCUGGAUACGCUCCAGGAGUGCUCCGACGCACCCUCCGACACGGGGUCGUCAAGGGAGAAGCUGGCCGCUGAGUUUGGUGACAAGGUCGACGUGAGCAGGAUCCGCAAGGGAUGGGAUUUCAAGGGGGAGGGGAGCUACUUUGAGCCUUCGCUUGACAAGCUGCCGGCGAGAGCAAAGGAUGCCAGGCUAACGUUGAGGGAGAUUGCAGCCAGCCUGGGGGAUAAUGCGCACAUUGCUGUGGUUUCUCACGGUGCCUUUUUGCACUUCUUGACUGAAGACUGGCAUGGAAUCACCGAUAAAUAUCCCACAAGUUGGAAGAACUGCGAAUACCGCUCCUUUCAAUUCAUUGAUCCUACAGGCCAGGAUCCCAAUGCUGAGAUGCGCGAGACUGACGAGAGCUGGCGCCGGCGACACGGUAGUUUGAAAGUUCCCACAGCAGAGGAGCAGCGAGAGCUGCGCCAAAUGAUGGAGCGAGAACUCGCGCCUUUUUUCAAAGUGAAAAAUCAUAUAUAAAGCCUGGGAGGAUCCAAAUGCAAAGCUGUAGACUGUAGAAAGUACAAUGGCAAUCACGACAGAAGUUAGAUGGAACCAGCAUACCUUAGAGCAUGGGAGUAAGUUUUUAAAGUAAAAAGGAAGGAAGAAAAGGGCCGGCUACAAUAUUAGAGUAAAUAUGCCAUUACACUAUAGAAAGUGUUUAGAGAAAGGCCACAUAGAUAACCGCAACAUGUUGAAUAAAACUUGGAUAACCCAUAAAGAGAAUGGAUAUCAAGUUGAG